GAGGAAACGUUUGGUCGAGGGAGAGGAGAUAGGCCGCGUCCGAAGCCGGGGGCUCGCCUAGAUGUCUUCGCCGGAGGAGGCGCAGGUUGCGCCGGCCGCGGAGGGUGACCUGCCCCCGGAGUGGGAGACGGAUGAAGAGCGCAUGGCUUUCCUGUUUUCGGCCUUCAAGCAGAGCCGGGAGGUCAACGCCACUGAGUGGGAUAGCAAGAUGGUCUUCUGGAGCGAGCUGGUGCUGAAGUGGGGGCGGCGCCGGGGAGGGGUCCGCACCUGUCUUCGAGAGCUCCAGCAGGCCUUCGAGCGGCGGGGGAGCGUCCCCCUGGGCCUGGGCACCGUCCUGCGAGAGCUGCUCAGACGUGGCAAGUUGCAGAGGGAGUCUGACUUCAUGAGCAGCGUAGACAGCAGCUGGAUCUCCUGGGGCGUUGGGGUCUUCAUUCUGAAGCCACUGAAGUGGACCCUGUCUAGUGUGUUAGGUGACAGCAAAGUGCCAGAGGAGGAGGAAAUUCUGAUCUAUGUGGAGUUACUUCAGGAAAAGGCAGAAGAAGUGUAUCAUUUCUACCAGAAUUCCACACUUUCUUCACACCCUGUGGUUGGCCUGUCAGAGCUGCGUUCCCUGUGCACUAGCAUUUGUUCGGACGAAAGGACGUUCUGUCUGGUGCUGCUGCAGCUGCAGAAGGAAAAAAGGGUCACGGUGCUGGAGCAGAAUGGCAAUAAGAUAAUGAAAUUUGCUCGAGGUCUUCAUACCAAAGUAUCUCCAGUGAAUGAUGUUGACAUCGGGGUUUAUCAGCUCAUGCAAAGUGAACAGCUGCUGUCUCAGAAAGUGGAGUCCCUGGCACAAGAAGCAGAGAGAUGUAAAGAGGAGGCCCGGAGCGCUUGUAGAGCUGGGAAAAAGCAGCUGGCGCUUAGGUCUUUGAAAUCGAAACGAAGAACAGAAAGACGUAUUGCAGAACUUCACUCCAAGCUGGACGUAGUGCAAGGCAUCCUGGACCGGAUCUACGCCUCUCAGACAGACCAGAUGGUAUUUAAUGCUUACCAGGCUGGAGUUGGAGCUCUGAAGUUAUCCAUGAAAGAUGUCACCGUGGAAAAGGCAGAGAACCUGGUGGAUCAGAUUCAAGAGCUCUGUGACACCCAGGAUGAAGUAGCGCAAACCUUAGCAGGAGUUGGAAUCAAUGGCUUAGUAUCAGAAGCAGAUGCCGAGGAACUGGAAAAGGAGCUGGACACUCUUCUCCUGGACUCCUCAAAAGAUCUUCUGGACCUGCCUCCCGUUCCACAGAAGCCAUUAUUUCCUCAGUCCGUAGUGCUUCCUAGCAUCUCAGAUGCUGAGCUUGAAGCAGAGUUGGAAAAGCUCGCUCAUUCAGUUGGAGGAUUGGCACUAAAGACUGACUCAGAGGCCUCUGAGCCCAAAGGAGCUCUGGAACUACAUCUCUAAUGACUCAAUACCACCUUUGUGCUAUGAUUUUGGUGAUCGUAACUACAAAAGUAACUUGUGGAAUGUGGGCUUAUGUCCCCUCCUUGCUAGAUGGCACUUUUGUAAGAGACAGGAUGUACCUGCCAUGACAAUCCAUCAUCUUUCAGACAGAUCCCAACUGCUGUUGCUGUUGUCUUUUCAGUGCAAAACUACAGUGUCUCCGGUUGACAUGUUCACCUGUGUUGCCAGUCAUGGUUGCCCUUCCCUGGCAAGUUGACACUCCUGCUGAGAUUUUAACUUGUCACACGUCACCCUGAAGGCCCUCUUUCCACUACAUGAAACUGAACCUAGUUGUGCCAGCUGUGGGGGAGAAUCAGAAAUGCAAUAGGAUCACAGCUUUCCUGGCAUCCAGCUGUUCUGUGUGUCUGUGCAAAACAUUUGCUGCACACGAGAAAGAUACUGACUCUGGUAGCUCUCACUGGGCAACACGCACACGCACACACACACACACGUUGAUGGUCUUUCUGUUCUUCCUUAUCUGUGUUUGCGUGAUGUGGACAACAUAGAUGUGUGACAGUUUUAUUGUAGGAGAUUUUUUGUUGCUGUUUCCACAAGGGGGUAGUAUCUGCAAGCACAAAAUGCCACUUAACCCUUUUUCAACAAUAGUAGUGUAGCCUUAAAUGGGACCUGCAAAGGAUUCUAAAAUGUAGGGGUUUAGGGCUUUUUGUUGCUGCUUGAAGAUUAUAAUCUUUUGAUGUUUAAGAAAGUACUUUUCAGUUUACCUGUAGGAAGAGCAAGUAACGUUUAUCUUCUGCUUUGGUGGAAUGCUCCCUUUCAUACUUCUGAGAGAUUUAGGGUGAGCUUUUUAGCCAGAAAUUUACAGAUGAUGGCUACAUAUCUUCUGGGAGCCUAUUCAAUCAUGUAUGUUGGAAGACCUUUAAAAAUGGCAGAGCUUUGGAUUGAUAUCUCUGCACCUGGUGUAUUUCUUGAGGAGAGUUGCUGUUUCCUUUUAACACAAAAAUGAUGAUGGAAUGCAGGAUGGAAAAGCUAGUGGGCAAGUGCCAGUUAGCCUAUUGAGAUGACUGGAUCUGGAAAAAAAUGCAGUUCUUGCCCUCUGCAGAACACCUUUUACAAACUAAAUUAUAUUUUGAGUAGAACCAUUGAAGUGACUUAACCAGAGUUAGUCAUGUCCUUUAACUUCACUGGGUUUACUCUCUGUAUCUAUGACUAGCAUUGGAUGCAGCAUUGGAUGCAGUGGGACAGGCCUGCACUUUUUCUGGAUGGAAGUUGUUUUCUAGCCACAUUAACUGCGAGAGGAAAAAGUGGCACUUUGCUUGUGUGUCAGUGCACUGUAUGAAGCACACAGGUGGUGGGAACCAGUUCUAUACGUAAUGAGAAGCUGUGGGUCAGUAGUAGCUGUUGGUAAACUUGCAGGCUAUUCCAAGACAGAGUAUACACUCUAAGGCACAAUGGUCUGGAUGGUGUUUGCUGCUGAGCAAGCUGUGAUUCAGGAAAAGUGAAGCAAAAUGUUUUUGUCAAGGAAGAGUUCUGCCUAAAUUGCGGGUGGGGGAAACAGCUGGCCUUGUCUCCUCAGUGUGCUGUGCUAGAAUAGAUACUUUGCUGAUUCCCUGCAAGACACUUUUUCUGAAGGCAGGUGGCAAAUGGGAGUUGCAUUGAAUAAUUUUAAUGCCAUAAUCUUCAUUUGUUAGAAAAACAGUUAAAAGAGGGAGGAAAGGUAAUCAGUCUUUAAAAUAACCAAUGAUGUAAUAAAGGGGAGGAAAGACUUCAGUUCCUCUCUAUUGUUGUUUAA